AUGCUUGGAGUCCUCUUUGCUGUGCUGACUCUGGCAGCUGCAGUCUUUGGCUGCGGGGUUCCUGCCUACCCCCCCCUUGUGUCUAGAGUUGUUGGAGGGGAAGAUGCAAGACCAUACAGCUGGCCCUGGCAGGCCUCCCUUCAAUACAGUUCAAGUGGUAAAUGGCACCACACCUGUGGAGGAAUCCUCAUCGCAACCAACUGGGUGAUGACAGCUGCACACUGCAUCAGUUCUUCUAAGACUUAUCGAGUAUUUCUUGGAAAAUACAACCUAGAAACUGAAGAAGAAGGAUCAAUUGCACUUUCUCCAGAAAAAAUAGUUGUGAACGAGAACUGGAAUUCACAGAGUGUUGCAAAUGGGUAUGACAUUGCUUUGAUCAAGCUCACUGAACACGUUACCUUAAGUGACCACAUUCAGCUGGCCUGCCUCCCCACUGCAGGAAGCAUCCUAUCAUCCGACACUGCCUGCUACGUGACAGGAUGGGGAAGACUGCAGACAAAUGGAGCUCUUCCAGAUGACCUGCAGCAAGGCCUUUUGCUGGUGGUGGAUUAUGCAACUUGUUCGAAGUCUUCCUGGUGGGGAAGCACAGUGAAACGCUCCAUGGUUUGCGCUGGUGGGGAUGGAAUCACCUCCAGUUGUAAUGGGGACUCUGGUGGCCCACUGAACUGCCAGGCUGCUGAUGGCAAGUGGGAAGUGCACGGUAUCGUCAGCUUUGGCUCUUCUCUCGGCUGCAACUACUAUCACAAGCCUUCUGUCUUCACUCGGGUCUCUGCUUACAAUAGCUGGAUCCAGCAGACCUUAGCUUCACACUUUCCUUCUCCCUGUGACAGGUGA